AUGUUCGCAUAUUUCGGCGCCACACUUUAUCGAAAACAUUUCGCUGGCGGAAAACGUCGACUUUGUGGGUUUUUCGGUUUCAAAUUUAAAACUGGUUUCUCUUUUUCAAUAGAUAUCGAUAGUUUUUGUUUUGAUUUUUUAUAGAUAGUUUUUUUCAGUUUCAAACCAUUUUUGUGUGUUUGUUUUUUGUUAUCAUUCAUUUUUUUGAAUUUUGAGAGAAAAUAUUGAUUUUUGGGGUGAAAAACACUGGAAUUAGAGUAUUUCUGCAAAUUAUCGUCGUUUCUAGUAUUGUUUUUUGUGUUUUUCGCGCCAAAUUCAAAUCUUCCCUCCCUUCAAACUAACAUUUUUCGUAUUUCCUUCUUUUCUUUCACCAAAAUCAAUCGAUAAUCCUCAAAUCCCUUAUUUCUAGUCAUGGCAAACAACGAUAAAGUAGCGAAUAAGGUAUGUCUUGUUGUAAUCGAUGGUUGGGGAAUCUCUUCGGAUCCAUACGGAAAUGCAAUUCUUGCCGCCAACACUCCAGUCAUGGAUAAAUUGUGUUCCGGAAAUUGGGCUCAAAUCGAAGCCCACGGUCUUCACGUUGGUUUACCUGAAGGUCUUAUGGGAAAUUCCGAAGUUGGUCAUUUGAACAUCGGUGCCGGUCGUGUUAUCUAUCAAGAUAUCGUGAGAAUCAAUUUGGCUGUCAAAAAUAAUCAAUUAAUCAAUAAUGAAUCGUUGAAAGAUGCGGUAAAUCGUGCAAAAUCUGGAAAUGGUCGAUUGCAUUUGGCUGGAUUGGUUUCAGAUGGUGGUGUUCAUUCACAUAUUGAUCAUUUGUUUGCGUUGGUGAAGGCUGUUAAGGAAUUGGGUGCACCUGAAUUGUAUAUUCAUUUUUAUGGUGAUGGACGUGACACUUCGCCAACUAGUGGUGUUGGAUUUUUGCAACAAACUUUGGCGUUUUUGGGAGAACAACAGUGAGUUUUUCAUUGAACUUGAGAAACUGAAAUCUACCCCUAUAGUAAUAUUGAUUAUUGAAAAAUUCAAAAUUUCAUAUGGAAAUUUUUUUCUAAAUUUUAUUCAGAAAUAAGACGGACAAAAAUUCCUAGUUUUCCCACAUGAACCACUCAAAACCAUCCCAAUUUCCUACUUCAGAUAUGGUAAAUUAGCCACAAUUGUUGGUCGCUACUAUGCAAUGGAUCGUGAUUCUCGUUGGGAACGUAUCAACGUGGCAUACGAAGCAAUGAUUGGUGGAGUUGGAGAAAAUGCAACUGAAGCAAAUGUUGUCGAUUUGGUCAAAUCCAGAUAUGCCGCCGAUCAAACUGAUGAGUUCUUGAAACCAAUCAUUUUGCAAGGCGAUGAUGGAAGAGUUCGAAAUGAUGACACUUUGAUCUUCUUUGAUUAUCGAGCUGAUCGAAUGAGAGAAAUCUCGGAAGUUAUGGGAAUGGAAAGAUAUAAGGAUUGUAAAAGUGCUCUUCAACAUCCAAGUAAUGUCAAGGUUUAUGGAAUGACUCAAUAUAAAGCCGAAUUCCCGUUUUUGUCGCUUUUCCCACCAGCAAGUAAUAAGAAUGUUUUGGCUGAAUGGUUGGCUGAACAGGUGAGGGAUUUUUAAGAAAAAUCUUGAAAAAUCGAUGAUUUAUUACCUGUUUCAGGUGCUUUACAAAUAUUUAAUCUGAAAAUUUGUAAGGAAUUUUGGUUUCAAAAAGUGCCAAAAUUUAGGAUUUUCAAAUAAAUAAGUCAAACGUUGUUAUUUUUUUUUUCAAAAAUUCUAUUUUCGGCGCCAAAACCUGAUCGACAGCUUUCUGUAAAUUUUGCUCACUUCUGGAAUCUUCUGCUCCACACAUGUUUAAAUUUUAAAAUAAAUUUGAAGUUUUCGUUUUGAGAGACAGCGUGAAAAUUAAAGAGUCUAGACAAAGUUAGACAAAAUCCUUGUUUGUCUCUAUGCUCUCUCAAUUUUACGUACUCCCUGAUCAUAAUCCUCCCUUAAAUUCCAUAUUUUAUUCUUCCAGCAAGUAUCUCAAUUCCACUGCGCCGAAACCGAAAAAUACGCACACGUCACAUUUUUCUUCAACGGUGGUCUCGAAAAACAAUUCAACGGCGAACAUCGUUGUCUAGUCUCCAGUCCAAAAGUUGCCACCUAUGAUUUGCAACCCGAAAUGUCAUCAGCUGGAGUUGGCGAUAAAAUGGUCGAGCAAAUUGUUGACGGAACUCAUCCAUUUAUUAUGUGCAAUUUUGCACCACCUGAUAUGGUUGGACACACUGGAGUUUAUAAAGCGGCUGUCAAAGCGUGUGAAGCGACUGAUUUGGCGAUUGGAAGAAUUUAUGAAGCUUGUCAGAAACAUGGUGAGGAAAAUAGGGAUUUGUGAUGAAUUUUUAUUUAAAAUUCACGUAAAAUCGUGAAGUUUGAAACCUAGAAUUGUUGAUUUUUGGCUCCUAAUUCUGAAUCUGAACUCGAAGUUUCUUGCGGAACUUUGAAAUCACCCUGAUCAGCAAAUGUUAAAUCGCGUGGAUUUAGCUGGGUUCGAGCAUUGACUCCCAUUUAGAUAUAAUAGAGAAAAGGGACUGAGAUCCCUUAAUCUCUUAAAGAGAAUAAAAAUGAGAGAACACAAGAACAAAAAACUACUAAUUUAUUAGAGAAAUAUAAAAGAAAGAAAACAAAUUAGGAUUAAAAUUUUGUGGUUGUUGUGGUAGAAUGCUUUUGAUGUUAAUUUAGCGCGAUUUAGGCCAAUGGUGGCUCUAAAUGUGAUUGAAUUUCCUAGGGGGGUGUGAGAUAGCCCAAAUAUACAUGAAAACCUUUGCACAAAACGUAUAACGCGCAACCCGAAGGCAGGAAACCUGCGAAGUCUCCAAAAAAGGAUUGCAAAUCUUCCACGGCGAAUGUUUCCCGGAGAAAUUCGAAUAUUUGAAUGGCGGCCUUGCCGCCUCAACCCAACGAGACCCGAGCGAAUAAAUAUGUGUGCCUUGAAUUGGUUUUGCGCUCUCGUCGUCUGCGCGCUCUCGCAAAUACACAAUAUUUUCUCGUCAGCGGGUUUUUUCUCUUCUUUUUCCUCGAUUUUCAGCGCGUAUCCGCUGGUUGUUUCGGCUUUUGGUUACCGAUUGAAUUGAGCUCGAAUUAUUCGAGACAGACGAAAUGGGUUGAGGUUUUUAGCAUUGGUUUUCAUGUUAAAAACGUUGUAUUUGGGUGAGAAAUCUCUCAAUUUCUCACAUUCCCCCUCUACAUAAGAUUGCGAAGGUUACUGUAGUUUUCCUUGUUGAAGACGAAGUUAGUGUUGAAUUUCUUGUGGAGUGUUUCGGCGAUUUCGAAGACGGCAUCACUGCUAUUGCGACGGAGAGUAGGGAGGUCUUGUUGAACGAAUUUGAGUUCCAGAUUGAGUAGUGUCACAUUCCAUAAAAUCGCUCGACAUUUCCGUGUGUGAACAGCAGUCCUUCGAUUCAAUGUUCCAAUAUUGUUGUUCCAAUCGUUGAAGUCGAUCCAAAGAUGCACAAAAUUUUUUGCUACCCCUUCUUUUGUGUGGGGGUAUGUUCAGGAUACUGUAGCAAUUGAGAUGAUCUCUUCUGGUAACCGAUCACGAAUUUUAAGUUGUUAUGCCCUGAUGGCUCAAAUUUUAAGUAGUGAUGGUGAAUGAAUUUUUGACUAACAAAGAAUUGAUAAUUGUUCGAUUUUUUGCAAUCGACUUGGGUUGUCAAGUUUAUCCAAAUGAAUUGUUUUUCUCGUGGCAGUAUUAUCGCCAGCGUAGAUGAGAAUUUUCUUGAAAUUUGUCGAAAAAAUUCGAAUUUUCUUGUUUUCGAUGGUUUUAUCGAAAUUUGUGGGGUAUCCCUGGUUGAAUUGAAAAUGUGUGGGGGGUAUCCGUGGGUAAAUCAAAAUUUGAGGUUCGAUAGAACCCUUCCCCCUCUACAUAAGUUGGAAAAGUGUUAAGCGAUUUUGAUUCAUGGUUAGUGGGUGCAGUAAGUGCUAAUUACAUGAAUUUCGGGAAUUUUGAUUGGGUUGAUUUAGGGGAUAAAGCAGCUGCGUACAAGGUUGCGGAGUUUCAGAUUUCUUCAUCUAUCGUUCAUCAAAGUGAACGAAAUAAUGUUUCAUCCGAGCAGCAAUGAAAGGUGAUUGGCUCUGCCACAACUUCACAUCUUCCACCGCAUUUCUCCGGUGAUUCUUCUCUUGUUCAGUUUCUUCUUUAACUCUCCCCAAACUGAUCUUCGGUCUUGCCGAUUUUCAGUUGUUAGUGUUUUUUGAGUGGGUUUCAGAUUUUUGAUGACUGGAAUUCCACUGGAACCCUCCCAAAAAAAUUUACCUUAACUUGCACAAAAUCCAAAAUCGAUUCGAACUCUUCGGCCACCAAUCACCCUCUCUCAAUAAUCGCAGACGUCUCCUUGAUUUCUUGAGCGGUUCUCUUCCGUGGUCCACUUGGUUUUCAGCGAAUUUGGAAAGCCUGUAAAUUUUUUCGGGUUGACUCCCUCUGAGUUCAUGCGCUAAUUUCCUGCUGCUUCCCUAUCUCACCGCUAUCCCGGCAAAUUCUGGCGAAUCGGGGCUGGAACGGCUGAUCAGACCGAACUCAGUAGAUCGAUGAGACCGACGCUCUAUCGUCCAAUAGGCUUACGCUCCGAAAUCAUGUUGAUUUCGGAAGUAGGGAAAGGCGAGCGAGGAAAAAGCUUUUUAUUAAUAUGUACCGUUAUACGGGCGUUUUACUUCACGCUUGAAGUGUAAAGAUUACAAGUUGACAAUGUUUUACGAUAGCAGAUAUAUUUAUUAUUGAUAACAAACAAACAAAAAAAAUUAUCAUGAGAAAAGUGAAAAUGUGUGGGAAAAUACCGGUUUUUAAGCCCGUUGAUUUGACUUUUUGCUUCUUGAGUGUUUUGGAUGAUUAGAAUCUUCUCGAUGUCCAACUCGCGAUUCGGCCAUUUGACCAAAGAACGUGGUGUUCGAUGCCGUACAUUCUUUCCUUUUCUUGGACAGCGAGGAGGAACUCGUUUCUUAGCUUCUCCUUUUCGAUUCUCUCGAAGACUCUGGCAUUUGAUCUUAUUUUGUUAGCUGAUGGGUGAGGUGUUCUCAAGUUUAAGUCAUUGAGUCGAACGUGGAUUAUUUCCGCCAGCUGAUUUGAUUCCUUCCAGUCUUUGGGCGUCCAUUCCAACAGCUUCAAGAAUCUUGCUUUUUCAUCUCCUGAUCUAUAGACAAUUUCAAGAGAUGUCCAUACCGCUCGAUAUGCUGCAUCGAUUUUCCAUGCGACAUCGUCCGACCUGCAAUUAUGAACGUUGGUUAUUAACCGGUAUUUCUCUUUUCUGGGCUUUGAGCCCUUUUAUUUUUAGACUUUUUUAGUCGUUUUGGUUAGUUAGGCGAACUUCUGCCCGCGAUUUGAGUCGUCUGCCGUUUUUCUUUGGGAUUCAGAGGUUUGAAUCCUCCAUACCAUUCCCCAUGCAAGACCUUGACUAAAAACUUUGGUUUGUGUCUUGCGCGGGGAUUUUUAAGGUUUGGAGGCUUCUUGCCCCUUCAGAAUCUGGGAUUCUGUUCCUUCUAUUCACGGCUUCUGACUCUCAAACGGGUCUUUUUUCGUCGGCACAACUCCGAGAUCUAUUUGCCGUUGGCUUCCAGAGCCUUUGGCUUUCUUUAAAACUUUAUUGGCCUCUUGUGCCUCUAGUUUUGUCAACACUUGGUCUUUUAGACCUCUGGUUGUUUUUUGAACUCCUGGUCUUCUGUGACCUCUGGUUCAGUUUGAACACCUGGUCUUCUGUGACCUCUGGUUCAGUUGUGCCGAUGUUCUCUUGGUUUAGGUCGUAAUGCACCAUGUUAAAUCGCGUGGAUUUAGCUGGGUUCGAGCAUUGACUCCCAUUUAGAUAUAAUAGAGAAAAGGGACUGAGAUCCCUUAAUCUCUUAAAGAGAAUAAAAAUGAGAGAACACAAGAACAAAAAACUACUAAUUUAUUAGAGAAAUAUAAAAGAAAGAAAACAAAUUAGGAUUAAAAUUUUGUGGUUGUUGUGGUAGAAUGCUUUUGAUGUUAAUUUAGCGCGAUUUAGGCCAAUGGUGGCUCUAAAUGUGAUUGAAUUUCCUAGGGGGGUGUGAGAUAGCCCAAAUAUACAUGAAAACCUUUGCACAAAACGUAUAACGCGCAACCCGAAGGCAGGAAACCUGCGAAGUCUCCAAAAAAGGAUUGCAAAUCUUCCACGGCGAAUGUUUCCCGGAGAAAUUCGAAUAUUUGAAUGGCGGCCUUGCCGCCUCAACCCAACGAGACCCGAGCGAAUAAAUAUGUGUGCCUUGAAUUGGUUUUGCGCUCUCGUCGUCUGCGCGCUCUCGCAAAUACACAAUAUUUUCUCGUCAGCGGGUUUUUUCUCUUCUUUUUCCUCGAUUUUCAGCGCGUAUCCGCUGGUUGUUUCGGCUUUUGGUUACCGAUUGAAUUGAGCUCGAAUUAUUCGAGACAGACGAAAUGGGUUGAGGUUUUUAGCAUUGGUUUUCAUGUUAAAAACGUUGUAUUUGGGUGAGAAAUCUCUCAAUUUCUCACAGCAAAUUUCUAAAAGUCACCAUUUUUAUCCAGAAAAUUUAAAUGUUGAGAAUUUUAAUUCUCGAAUUUAUUGUGAAAUUGACAUCAACAGAGCUGAAAUUUUUACAGAUUCGUAAAAAUUUUGAAACAGUCAAUUUUCUUCCUAUUGAAACCCAUUAUUUUCCACCCUUUUUCCAUCCUAAAUUUAAUUUCAGGUUACACCCUUUUGGUCACCGCCGAUCAUGGAAAUGCUGAAAAAAUGAAGGCACCGGAUGGCGGAAAACACACUGCCCACACUUGUUAUCGAGUUCCGCUAACUUUAUCGCAUCCUGGAUUCAAAUUUGUUGAUGUGAGUAUUUUUUGGGGGUGAACAUUUGGAAAAUUGGUUUUCAACUUGAAAAAUCUGAAAUUUUGAUUUUUUAGGCUGGAAUUUCGCUGUUUCAAAAAUGUGAUAUUUUUAUUUUUAGAUGAUCUCAAAUGUUGUUUACGCGUUUUUUCUUUUUAUGCAAAGUUUCAUAUAAAAUUUGAAAUAUGAGAAUUUAAACCGGUUUCAUCUAAAAUUACAGCCAAUAUUUUUCACUGUUUCAGAAAUUCUUAGUUUUCGAGAUUUUUGGCUGAAAAAAAUUCAAAUGAAAAAUUCAAAAAUCUGAAAAUAUUUUUUUAGCCAGCCGAUCGUCCACCAGCACUUUGCGAUGUUGCACCAACAGUUUUGGCAAUUCUUGGCCUUCCACAACCAGCCGAAAUGACUGGACAAUCAAUUGUUCAAAAAAUCUGA